ACCUAUAAAAAUGUUGAACAAAAAACAAUUGAAGCCAUCUAUAAGUUUCCACUUCACGAAGCCGCAGCAGUUUGUGGUUUUGAAGCUGAAAUUGACGGAAAGAAAAAAGUUAAAGGAAUAGUCAAAGAAGCAAAGCAAGCUGCAAAGGAGUAUAACGAAGCUAUUCAGCAAGGUCAUGGCGCUUAUCUACUUGAAGAAGAACUCCAAGAUAUUUUCCAAUGCUCUAUUGGUAAUAUUACAGCCGGUCAAACUGUUGUUAUCAAAAUUACAUAUGUAACCGAACUAAAACAUGAUGCUGAAUCUGAAAGUGUUCGGUUUGUUUUCCCUACUGCUAUCGCGCCACGAUAUGGCUCAUCCGAUUCUUCUUCUUCAAAUGAUGGGAAAAAGCUUGUUCCUGAUGUGGUGUCUUAUACUUAUAAGACUGAUUACUAUUUAAAGCUUGCUAUUACAUGUAGAAUGACAUCUGUUAUUCAAAGUAUCGAAUCACCAUCUCAUCAUAUUUCGGUAGAAUUAAAUAUUGAUGGUAAUCCAAAUGUUUCAAAGAUUACUCUAGCCGAGCAAAUUACUUUUUUAGAAAAAGAUUUUAUACUUGUUGUUAAAAGUCUGGGUCUCGAUCAGCCAAGGGCCUUUGUUGAAUAUAACCCUAAGACGGAAACUAAUUGUGUUAUGCUAACUUUGGUACCAAAGUUUGCCAUUAAUGAA